GUUUGUGAAAAUGCCAGUGAAAAAUUCCGACAAGGACUCGACGCCAGCCGUAACCCUCCGCCGAUCUCCAAGAAUUCUCCAAAUUAAGCUCUCUGAUCCAGAAGACCCUAGAACCCCUAAGCCACAACAACAACGGAGGACCCGGGCCCCUUCCUCAGCGACACCUCUGACCUUGACGGCAAAGAGGAAUGUUUCUCCUCGAAGGAGAAGCCAUAGAUCUAAGUCAAAAGAAUGUUUGCAGAAACUUGAUGGAUCUUGUAAGUCCAGACAAUCCGAUAAUUCGAAAACUGAGUCGAGAAGAUCUACAAGACUGAAUCCUUGUGCCGAUGCGUGCAACGCGGAAAAUUCACGUAGUUCAAGUCGGAGAAACGGGCAAUUGGAGAGGCGAGUAACCCGUAGUUCUUGUUGUAGAGAUGUAGAUAAAAAUGCUGAGAAGACUAGUGGCUUUACUGGAAAUUUGGGCAAUGUUUGUUCAUCAGGUGAACAGAUAACUGAAGAAGGUGUGGAUAUACCUACACCAUUGAAAUGUAAGUCGCUAAAGAACAAAGUGGACCAAUACAAGAAAAGUUGUGAUAAUAAUUCUGAUCAAAUUGAAGUGUUAGCAUCGGAUGACGAUACAUAUGAAGGGAUUUUAUCAAUCAAGCCAGUUUUGGAUGAAGAAUUGUCCGAAAAAGGUGUGGCUAAAAGCACAAAUGGAAUUGCAGUUGCCACAGCUGCUGUAGUGCAUGAAAGUCCAAUGGAGGGGAGAUAUGUUAACAAAAUGAGAAAGAAUGUCGCGGUUAAAAGAACAAGAAAUCAGUUUGAGAAUAUGGUAGGGGCCACUCAUGGUUGGACCAAGGAUCAAGAAUUGGCAUUGGAAAGAGCUUACCUAGAAGCGAAGCCCACUCCACACUUCUGGAAGAAGGUUUCUAGGCUGGUGCCUGGAAAAUCUGCACAGGAAUGUUUUGACAAAAUACAUGGUAGUCAUUUAACACCUCCCCAACCACGUCCACGAUCUAGGCCUCGAGUAUCAGAUUCACAGAACCCUUCUUUUACUGCAAGUAAAUUGCUCAACUCUUCAAGUCCUACGGCUAAAAGGCCUAGACACCGUAGACAGAAGAGUCAUGUAGUCCAGAGAAAUGUUAGGCACAUGUUACAGAAACAGCAUAAAGUGGAACAAGAUUCCGAAGCAGACCUGUUCUCAGUUCUCGAGCCGACAUUCACCCAAUCUUUAAAUUCUUAUGUGAUGCUUACAACACCUGAUUGCAAUCAAGAGAUGGGUGAAAUGCUUGGAAGAUGUCAGGAAAGAUCUUCUACAGUUCAUAAAAAGAGUCUUUCAAGGCUUGGUACCAGAACAACUCUCAUGAGCCCUCCUGUUCUAAAGCAGGCCGAAAAGCUCCAUCAAAGCAAAUUGAUGGAACAGGAGAGCUCUGCCCAGAGAAAGGAUGCAAUUAGAGCUGCAAAAAACGCCCUGGUCUUUGAUGCCAGAGAUGCUAUUAAUGAGUUCCAACAUCAUCAGGCUAUGGCAUUGAGCUUUGACGAUGAGAAUGGUGCUGAUGUUGACGAGGAGAACGGUGAAGCUUUCAUGUAGUGUUGAUGUACAGAUCAGCUCUCUGAGAGCUGUUGCCAGCUUGCGGCAAAUUUGCAAGUGAGUUCUUGUUUAGCAUUUCCUAAUUUCUGAAACAAGUAUAAAAACUGUGCGUUCUCCAGUUGAAUUCUGAAUUGUUAC